UUUCUAGUAAAAUAAGUAUUUUAUAAAAAAAUACGAGUAAAAAAUAGUAAAAAACUAGGGGCUGGUAGAAAAAGUCCUAGCAAGGCUUGCCGGCUCAAGAAAAAUCACAAGCCUACAAACACCUCCUAAAUCUCCACCUAUCACCAAUUUUUUCAGUCUACCUUUUCCUUUUCUUUUUCAAAGAAAAACAAACAAACAGAUAUAGUGUAAAUAAAAAUAGUUUUUUAAGUUAAGUUGUGAAUUGCGAAAGAAGGAGCGGAAAAGAGUUAGAGUUUUCAGGGGAAGGACUUUUGGUGAAUAUGAAUUCUCAGGGAAGGACUCCAUCUCCGGCACCUUAUAAAUACCCCUCUCAUUUUUUUCAAACCACCACCGCACCUUAUAAAUACUCAAUCAUAAAUAUAUAUAUAUAUACACAUACAUUUCUCUUUAUUUUAUACAUAUAUAUAUAUAUCUUGUACGCUGUCAUUCUUCUUAAUUAUCUGGACUCGGUCUUCUAUCAUAUCUUGAGGAGGAUUCGUAAAGAUGACUAUCACAGUUGAUCAACCUCCAUUAGAAAAUGGAAGCCAAGGGUAUAUCCCAAAGAAUACAGAGGAAUCAGAAUUGGUGUUGGAUGGUGGAUUUUGUAUUCCGCAUGCCAAUUCUUUUGGCCAUAAAUUUAGGGAUUACGACAUAGAAAGCGAAAGACAAAAAGGAGUUGAAGACUUUUACAGGGUGAACCAUAUUAAUCAAACAGUUGAUUUUGUCAAAAAGAUGAGACAAGAGUAUGAGAGAUUAGACAAGGUGGAAAUGAGUAUUUGGGAGUGUUGCGAACUAUUGAACCAAGUUGUCGACGAGAGUGACCCCGACUUAGAUGAACCUCAAAUUGAGCACUUGUUGCAAACCGCCGAAGCUAUACGAAAAGACUAUCCUAAUCAAGAUUGGCUUCACUUGACUGCCUUGAUCCAUGAUCUUGGAAAGGUCUUGCUGCAUCCUAGUUUUGGCGAACUCCCUCAAUGGGCUGUCGUGGGCGACACAUUUCCAGUUGGAUGUGCUUUUGACAAAUCAAUCGUUCACUACAAGUACUUCUUGCAAAAUCCUGACUACAACGAUCCUACAUACAACACGAAAUAUGGAAUUUACUCGGAAGGAUGUGGACUCGAUAAUGUUAUGAUGUCAUGGGGGCACGACGAUUACAUGUAUUUGGUGGCGAAGAAAAACAAGACUACUCUUCCUUCAGCCGGGCUUUUCAUCAUACGAUACCAUUCUUUCUAUGCUUUGCACAGAUCCGAAGCAUAUAAGCACUUGAUGAAUGAACAAGACAUCGAGAAUCUAAAAUGGCUUCAAGUAUUCAACAAGUAUGACUUAUACAGCAAGAGCAAAGUUCGUGUGGACGUCGAGAAAGUGAAACCUUAUUAUCAGUCUCUCAUUGAUAAGUAUGUCCCGGCAAAGCUAAGAUGGUGAAGUGAAAAGGAAGAAGCUGGAACUAUGGUGUCAUUAAUCAAUAAGAAUAAUUAAAUUGAUCAUAUGGAUAGAUAAGUAUUAGGAUAUCGGACUUGAACCAAUAGAAUUAUAUAAGUUCCGUUUAAUGUUUGUUGUCAUUGAUGUUAUAUACUUGUAUUUCAAGGUUCUACUUUUGCCCUCUAGUUCUUUAUGCUCAAUAUUUGUUGUCAUUACUUAUGUAUUUCUAAGUCUGGGGUGUUUGGAAAA